UCGUGACGAUGCCUGAACCAGCGAAGCCUGCGCCCAAAAAGGGCUCCAAGAAAGCGGUGGCGGAGGCCCCCGGUAAGGGCGGAAAGAAGAGGAGAAAGUCCAGGAAGGAGAGCUACGCCAUCUACGUGUACAAGGUGCUGAAGCAGGUCCACCCCGACACUGGGAUCUCCUCCAAGGCCAUGGGCAUCAUGAACUGCUUCGUGAGCGACAUCUUCGAGCGCAUCGCCGGUGAGGCCUCUCGUCUGGCUCAUUACAACAAGCGCUCCACCAUCACCUCCAGGGAGAUUCAGACCGCCGUCCGCCUGCUGCUGCCCGGGGAGCUGGCUAAACACGCCGUGUCUGAGGGCACCAAGGCCGUGACCAAGUACACCAGCUCCAAGUAAACAACUCUGCGGAGACAUCACAU